AUGCGUGUCUCUCACCUACUUGCCGCAGCGACUUAUGUCACCAGCGUUUUGUCCUGUGCAAAGCAUGACAAUCAUUACUCGCUAAAGAGCAAGAAGCGACACAUUGAUCCUCGCGCUGAACCUGGCCAAACAGAAUGGGCCUACGAAGCUUCCUACAAUUGGGGCCGUCUCCAUCCAGAUUAUCAACUUUGCCAAACUGGAACCCAGCAGUCUCCCAUUCCUUUGGCCCUCAAGCAAGGUCUAUCUCUUGAGCAUCUCAUCACAAAGUGGGAUUAUCCCACUGAGUUGUCGGGCAAUUUCUUCAACUGGGGAUACGGCCCGGCUUUUACAGUCCAGAAUGACGAUAAGGUCUGGACCCAAAACCCAUCAUUCAGUUUCGACAACGAGACCGUCUACCUCAAGGGAUGGCACAUUCACGCCCCCGCCGACCACACCGUCGAGCGUCACCGUUCAAGGGCCGAGCUCCAUCUCGUCCACGUCAACGCCCAGGGCAAGGAGCGCGCUGUGCUCGCCAUCCGCCUUGACCCAGGCAACAAGCCAAACAGCUUUCUAGAUCAACUUCCUCCCAUGAUCGGGUUCAACGAGACCGAUGUCACUCAGGAGACUACUCUUAACCACCAACUGCUCCUCGAAAGUGUGCAAUACUUUGACGAGUUCUGGACUUACGAGGGAAGCUUGACUAGCCCGCCUUGUACUGAGGGUAUUCGAUUCUUUGUUGCUCGACAGAUCAUGUUUACGGGUGUUAAGCAAAUGAGAGAUAUUCUUGGGGCUUCUACGUACAGUGCUCGUGAGGAACAGCUGGUUUGGCGUCACCGCAUCAACGUAUAA